GAAUCCUUGACCGUAAAGCUUCACUCCAGUAUUUAUUUUCCCUGUGUGUGCGAAGUAGACAACAAUCUUUACUUUACCUCACGCCAACCGCAUUCAUUCGAAUUACAAAUUCUUUACCACUUGCAGCUUGUAGAAUUCCUUGGAAGUUAUCACAAUGCAUCCUUCCAGACAAGCUUACGUGGAGGAGGCCAAAGAAGAUACAGGUAUAGAUCUUGCAGAUGUCCCUCUCGAUCGUGACUAUGAUAUGCCAUCUGCAACCGCUGGCAUUGCUCCCGAACGUGCCAGCGCAAUUCUUUCUCAAUUCGAUCGCAAACGUCGCGCAGCCGCUAUAGCGGUCCCAACCGACGAUGGGCGCGUGCGCGCACGACUUCGAGAGAUGGGCGAGCCUAUCACAUUAUUCGGAGAAGGACCAGGUGACAGGAGAGACCGAUUACGGCAGUUGUUGACGAUUGAGAGUGAGAUGAAGGCGGAAGAAGAUGGAGAAGAUGAAGAUGGUGAUAUCGAGAUGGGAGAGGGGGGUAAGGAUGAGGAAGCUGAAGAGGAAUUCUAUACUAGGGGGACGAAAGAAUUACUAGACGCGAGGAUAGAGAUUGCGAAGUUUUCGUUGCCGAGAGCGAAAAAGAGGAUGGAGAUUCAGAAGAUCGAGAAGGAUAUUCCAUUGAGGACUCAUAUUAAGUUCAGACAAGGAGUGAAGGAGAGGCUCAAGGACUUCGAGCUCCAGGGAAGUCAGAUGGCGGCCGAGAGACCAGUUAGUAUUGUGAGAAUCUCGCCGAAUGGAGAAUUGGUCGCUGCUGGAAAUUGGGGAGGUGGAAUCAAGCUACUUGGAAUACCGGAUCUAGAAAUUAAAAAGUCACUGAGAGGCCAUACAGAUAGAGUGGGUGGAAUUUCUUGGGCACCAGGUGCCACAAUAGAAGGAUCGAAUGUUUCCCCUGGAAGCGUCAACUUGGCAUCAGGAGGAGCAGAGGGAAAAGUUCAUUUAUGGAAUCUGGAGCAAGAUACACCUGUUUCAACACUUGCGGGACACAAUCAAAGAGUUUGCCGAGUGGAAUUCCACCCAUCGGGGAAAUAUGUCGCAUCCGCAUCCGAGGAUACGACAUGGAGACUAUGGGAUGUUGAAACUACUACAGAACUUUUACUUCAAGAAGGACAUUCAAGAGGUGUUUUCUGUCUGAGUUUCAAUGGCGAUGGAUCACUUCUAGCAAGCGCAGGAAUGGAUAGUAUUGGACGUAUUUGGGAUCUCCGAACAGGCCGUACAGUUAUGAUCUUAGAUGGACAUAUCAAGCCCAUCUACGCGCUCGACUGGUCUACUGAUGGCCAUCGUGUUCUAUCUGGAUCUGGCGAUGGCUGGGUCAAAUGCUGGGAUGUGAGGAAAGUCGCAAGUACCGGGGCAGUGGGUGCACAUCGUAGUGUAGUUUCUGAUUUGAGAUGGUUCAAAGGGAUGGAUGCAGAGUCAUUGCCCGAGAAUGAUGAAAAGGGAGCAGUGAAACCGAGAAAAGCGGGAACAUUCUUUGUUUCCAGUGGAUUUGAUAAGGACGUCAAAAUCUUUUCGGCGGAUGACUGGGCGCUGGUACAGAGUUUAAGCGGACACACAGGGAAUGUGCAUAGUUGUGACGUAGGUGCAGAUGGCAAAUGGAUCGUAAGUGGAGGAUAUGAUAGAACGGUGAAGUUAUGGGGAAGAAAUAACGGAGAAGGUGUUUGAACGGCUACUUCAUCAAGUACGAAGGCGUUCGGAGACAAAAGUACAAGAUUCUUUUUACGCAUUCAACUUGUUAGACUGGUUAGGGAUUAGCUUCCUGCAUACAAGAACGGCGCAUCGGUGGAUUGCUUAAAGCUGUAAGAGAAAAUAGCACAAGGCGUUUUGGUUUGGAUACCCGGGAUAUGCAUGCAUGUAUAUGGAGAGAAAAUGAAAAUCAGAAGAGCGUCAUGGGAGCUGUGAAGAUGAAAAUGUGCGCUAUACCUAACUCUACCUGAGCUUGGUAUCCAAGAUGACAGAUAGUGUUUGAUCAUGGAUGGCUUUCUUGAACGAAAGUAUCCAUUUUCCUAGUCACUGCACCCUAAUAGGUCGUUUUCAAACAUUCACCAGAUGGCGCUCCAUAGAAUUCUAUACUAUAUACCUACCUACAUCUUCGGCAAUACUGAAAAAAGUAAAUA